AUGUCCCUCCCCAAACUCCACAUCAACGACGCCAGCCCCAUCACCGACGAGCUCACCAGCCCCGACGAAUCCACCCUCACGCCCAUCACCCGCAAAUCCCUCCACCAGAACAUCUUCGGCAAACUGCGUCCUCUCCCCUUCCAAUACCACUGGACCGUCUGGUACGACAAACACUCCGAUCCGGCGGACGACUACGCGAACCGGCUGUACGUGCUACAUGAGGACGUUGCCGACAUCGCGACCUUCUACCGCGUCUACAACAACUACCCCUGGGACAAGGUGCGGCUGCGCGACACCGUGCAUAUCUUUCGAAAGGGUGUGCGGCCGGUUUGGGAGGAUCCGGAGAACCUGAAGGGCGGGUGUUGGCGGUUUCGGGUGCCGAAGAGCAAGGCGCAGGCGUUCUUUCAUGAGAUUGCGAUCCUUUGCAUGGCGAAUGAGUUUCAGGCGGUGUUGGAGAAGGAACAUGACCACGUCCUCGGCGUUUCCACCUCCGUACGCUUCAACUCGCAUCUAAUCUCCGUCUGGAACAAGCUCGGUGACAACGAAAAAUCCAUCAAGGUCCUGGAGCGCACCAUUCUCGACCGCUUAUCGCCAGACCUCCGGCCCACGGGGUCCGGUUCCAAUGCCUACUUCUACAAGCGGCAUGACGAGAACGAAGGGUACCAGGAAGCCGUGGAGCGGUUGGCGUUGAAGGAUUCAUAG